AGAUGAAAAAUGAAAAAGUUGGACUGUAUACGAUCCUAGUUUUAUCCUGCUAUAUCCUAACUACUGAGGGGUAUCCUCAAGACCUGGAUGAUGAGUUUCCUGAAAAACCGAAAAGAUCAGAGGGUGUGGAGAAUAUAUUUCAAAAUGAAGGCAGAUACAUGAAACGACCACAAAGAUUUUCUUUUGGACUUGGAAAAAGACUUCAGGCCCCGUCAGAUAAUUUUGAUUAUUAUGAGGACACUGAUGUACAAAAAUCAAAAAGGGAACCAUACGGAUUCGGAUUAGGGAAACGGGAACCCUAUGCAUUUGGAUUAGGGAAACGAAGUAACUUUGGGGAGUCGAAACGGGAUCCUUACGCUUUUGGAUUAGGAAAACGUGGUAAUUUUGGAGAAAACAAGCGAGACCCGUAUGCAUUUGGAUUGGGAAAACGAGCCAGCUUCGGGGAAGGAAAACGUGAUCCAUACGCAUUCGGACUAGGUAAACGGACCUACUACGGGUUUGGUUUGGGAAAGCGUGAACCCUAUGGAUUUGGUCUGGGCAGGAAGUAAAGGCAGGAAGUGAGGCAGGAAGCUAGGAAGAGGUGUCAUGAGAAAUCAGAGGAAAAUUAUAAUUUUGUUAAUUUGCUGAUUUAAUUCGAUAUAAUUUAAUAUAAGAACUAGAUCUGUGCAUUGUCCUGCUGUAAUAAAAAUUACAAACUUAA